CCAUCCAUCUCCCCUCCAUCUUCUGUGCGAACCCUGCCCCGGGCCAACCCUUAUCCAGCUUCGAGAAUCAUCAAAGAGUCCGUCCGGCCGAAUUUCUAAGACUUCUCGAAACUCUCCUAAUCUUCCACUCCUCUUCUCCCUUCCCUCCUUCUUUCUUGCCAUGUUACCAUCGCAUUGGGCUUCGACACUGCCUUUUGCCAUCUCGAGACAAUGAAGCCGCGCGCCGCGGCCGACUCGACGCUUGUCCAGAGUGUGUCGCAACCUCUUUUGUGCCUGUGCCAGAAGUACACGACGUUGCAUCCGAAUCCGAAUCCGCCCCGCUUACCACCGCCGCUCUAUUCCCCCCUGCUCUACCGACGCUACACAACGCUCGAUUCCUAGCCAAAAAGUUGCAGACGUGGACGCAGACUUAGGACGCAGGACGCAGGAGCAAGAUUUCGCGCGCCCUCAUACGGCAGAGCCAUGCCGCCCGCAGAGCCUAGUACCGUCGAGGACACGCAAUUGGGCCUGACCGAUGAGGAAAUAAAUCUUCUUCGUUAUCACCAAGCUCAGGCCGGUUCUUCCUCCUCGCGCGCCGCCAGUCGCGCUUCCUCCCAAGGUCGUCUCCUUCUCGACAGUUCCAGUCUUGCUGCCCUGUCACGACAUUUAGACCGCCUGAUGCACCAGAUCCAGCAACGUAUCGAGUAUCUCAGCGAACAGAGCUCCGUCGUGACUAUGCAGCAGUAUGACCACGCAGGAAACCUCGUGGACAAUGCCGAUGCUGAAAUUGCGCGCUUCCAGGGUAUAAUGGCUCAGAUCGACGAGCUUGAGCUCGACUUUGAUCGCAUCGCACACAUUAGGGAUAUUGUGAGGGACUAUCGUCAGCGAGUCGAGAACCUUGAACGAGAACUUGAGAAUUCGAGCUCAUCGCGACACGAACAACACCACUCCCAUCGCCAUAGUCAUUCACAUCGACACGAGGCCGGUUCUUCUACCCGUCGACAUAGACGCUGAAGGCGUAACAAAGCAUAACCGAGAAAAAAAAAAGGCGGAGGGGGAAAACAACUACCUAUUAUUCCGGAUCAAAGCGCAGUCCAUAAUUUCGUC